UUAUAUUCUUCAUACAUUGCUAUCCCUAGGUCCAUUUGUUCAUCUACUGUCGCAGAGGUUCGAACCCCGAUCCCUAGCCGUUGUGGGCGCCCUCCUAUCCUCGGUGUGCAUGAUGCUCACCUCUGCUGUGCGAUCAGUCUGGGUCAUCGGUGCUUUAUUUAUGGCAGCAGGUGCUCUUUCAUCACCGGUGUUUCAAACAUCGCAUGUUCUACUACACGAAUACUUUAAUCAUAGGUAUGCCGCCGCCAACGCCCUAGCCUCUACUGGAGCACAGGCUGGAGGCAUCGUUCUCCCUAUUGUGACGUCACACGUACUAAUUGCAUAUGGCGUAGAGGGCGCUCUGCUCUGCCUAGGCGUCAUAUUCCUGAACUUUGUUGUGAUUGCAUCAUUGCUAAGACCGAUUAAGGUGCGUGUAACCGGGGUUGAAGAAGACGCCAUAGCAGUAGAUACGUCGUGUCCGGUCGAUAAUCAUCCCUCUCGCAAUAUAAACAUUCAAACGCGAGACGAGACAGCUGGCCCGAAACAUAAGGGGUUGAUUAAAGGGUACCUUUUGCGAACCGGAAGCUGGCUUGCAGAUGUGACAUACUUUCAGACAUUGAGAGCUGAGAAAGUAUACUGUACUUUAAUUCUCCCCUCCGUAUUCUUACAUCAAAUUGCCUAUAUCGGAUGGGCGCUCUUCAUGGUCCCUUAUGUCCAUUCGUUCGGGAUGUCUCCCUCUCGUGAAGCAUACCUGCCAGUCACCGGAGCUAUCGGUGGUCUCUUUGGGCGAUUGACCGCUGGCGGCGUCCUCUACCUCCGCCCCAAAUGGGGAAAACGGACUCUGGUAUCCGGUACCAUCAUCUCCUCGGUUGGGCUACUAAUAUUCGGACUACUCCACAGUCACAUAUCACAGUUUAUCUCUACUUUCUUGGCUGGUUUUGGUCUCUUUGCGACCUUCACGUCUUUUUACGCUAUCCUUCAUGACUCGGUUGCGAAAGAGAACUUUUCUGGGAUCAUCGCUUUCACGUCGUUUAUUAGGGGGUUCGGUGUGGCUACCGGAGGCUAUGCAACAGGACUCAUCUUCGAGUUAACGGGUUCAUUUGCUGUCGCUUUCCGGGUCCUGGCCUGUAUGGAUGCCGCAAUUUUGAUCUUGAUUUUCUCCUUCGCCCUCAUCAAAAAGAUCAACUAG